AUGAGCGCGUCUGUGGGCGUGGAAAAAGCGAACGGCGAUAUUAUACGCGGUCGAGCUUUGUUAGACACGUGCGCGACGGUGCACUUUAUAACCGAAGAGUUUUCUCAAAGAUUAAACUUGCCGGUGCGACCGUGUAAUAUUACUAUAAGCGCUAUCAAUGGUAUAGAUACUAGAUCAAACGGUUCAGUAGAAGUUUUAUUUUACUUGAUUCAUAGCCAGUUCAGUAAAAAAUUGAGUUUUCUCACUGUUCCAAAAAUAGCUGACACGGUGCCUAACGAACAUUUCCCGCGUUCUUCUAUCAGAAUACCGGCUAAAUUAAAAUUAGCAGAUCCUCAAUUUCAUAUACCGCGAUCUGUGGAUAUGCUUAUCGGCUCAGGCGCAACACUUUCUCUUUUUUCGAUCGGUCAAAUUAAUUUAUCUCGAAAUGGAUGCGAUUUAUAUUUGCAAAAAACUCAACUUGGUUGGGUAGUAGUAGGUGGCGUUUCUUCUCAUAAUGGAAAGAAGAUUGCUAUUUGCAAAUUGACCGAAUUAUCAAAGCAAAUAGAAAAAUUUUGUCUUUUAGAAGAGAACUCGGCAAAACAUUCUGGGCUUUCAGAGGACUCAGAGUGUGAAGGUCAUUAUGUACAAAAUACAACACGUGACACAACCGGAAAGUAUAUUGUACGCUUACCCUUCCGCACACGUGUUAAAAUGCUCAGCAAAUCACAAGUAAUCGCGCUUCGACGUUUCUAUGCGCUUCAAGGGAAAUUGAAUGCUAACGAAGCCCUUAAGAAAGAAUACAGCCGCGUCAUGAGAGGCUGGAUAUCAUCAGAUCAUAUGACACCUCUAGAGACCGAGUGGGAAAACGGCUAUUAUAUGCCACAUCACGCAGUAUUUAAAGAUACAAGCGCAAUUACUCAAUUGCGCGUUGUUUUCGAUGCUUCGGCAAAAUUGAAUACGGGUGUUUCGUUGAACGAUAUCUUAAUGACAGUGACUUUCGGAGUUUCUGUCGCUCCUUUUUUGGCCAUUCGUACUGUUCAACAACUUGCAGACGAUGAAGGUGACGACCUUAAAAUCGGUGCAAAAACCUUAAAGCAUGAUUUCUAUGUUGAUGAUUUAUCGACUGGAGCCAAUUCAGUCGGCGAACUUUUACAAAUCAGAAACAAAACUACCGACAUUUUAAAUCGCGGUGGAAUGACUAUCAGACAAUGGUGA